ACAAUGAUUUGCAAGGAACAAAUAGUUCAGGAUCAUUGGGUGGUCUUGAUGUUCGUAGAAGAAUCCCUAUAAAGCUUAUCUCAAAACAGACCAAUAAAACCAAACCUGCUCCUCGAACUCCGAGAAAUAUGAACAGGAUGCCUUCAAAGACUGGUGAUGAAGAAGAAUUUGAUUUUAACAAGGAGGAGCGAUACGAAUGCAAAGGAGGUGAAAUGUUUGGCAGUCAAAGAAGGUUCCCUGGACCCAUCUUUUGGGACUAUAAGAUAAACUUGCUGGGGGAAAAGGAUGAUACACCGGUCCAUUUCUGUGAUAAGUGUGGAUUGCCCAUCAAAAUGUAUGGACGCAUGAUACCUUGCAAGCAUGUUUUCUGUUAUGACUGUGCUAUACUACAUGAGAAAAAGGGAGACAAGAUGUGUCCAGGCUGUAAUGAACCUGUGCAGCGAAUCGAGCAGUGUGUACGAGGGUCUCUCUUCAUGUGUAGCAUUGUUCAAGGGUGCAAGAGAACUUACCUGUCACAGAGGGACUUACAAGCUCACAUCAACCACCGUCAUAUGAGAGCUGGAAAGCCUGUUACUCGUCCUCCGAUCGAACCUGUGCAUCCUCCUAUUGCCCCGCCGCCUGCUGAAAUUCCUGAGCGUUUCAUAAUGCCGCCCGAGAAGCAUCAUAUGAGCCACAUUCCGCCAAAGCAGCACAUCAUGAUGCCACCACCUCCGUUACAGCACGUGCCACACGAGCAUUACAACCAGCCGCAUGAAGACAUUCGUGCGCCUCCUGCAGAGAUGUCCAUGGCUCCGCCGCCGCCUCGCCCAGUCAGUCAGGACACCUUCCGCAUUUCAACGAGAAAACACAGCAACUUAAUAACAGUCCCUAUUCAGGAUGAUUCGAAUUCAGGUGCUCGAGAACCGCCUCCGCCAGCCCCUGCACCUGCUCACCAUCAUCCUGAAUACCAGGGUCAACCGGUGGUAUCACACCCUCAUCAUAUUAUGCCUCCACAGCAACAUUAUGCGCCGCCCCCACCCCCACCUCCACCAAUAAGCCAUCCGCUGCAGCACCCUCCCCAGGCAGCAGGUACUCCUCACAUGGUUUAUAGCCAAGCUCCUCCACCACCAAUGACCUCUGCUCCUCCUCCAAUAACCCCGCCACCUGGACAUAUCAUUGCCCAGAUGCCGCCAUAUAUGAAUCAUCCUCCUCCAGGACCUCCCCCUCCUCAGCACGGAGGGCCCCCCGUAAAUGUAAAUGCGCCCCCUCCCCAUCACUAUAAUCCUAACUCUUUGCCGCAGUUCAGUGAAGAUCAAGGAACUCUCAGUCCCCCUUUCACACAACCUGGGGGCAUGAGUCCAGGGAUUUGGCCAGCUCCGAGGGGGCCACCUCCGCCUCCGAGGAUGCAAGGGCCUCCUGCUCAGGCUCCGCUUCCUGGACCACACCACCCUGAUCAAGCCAGAUACAGACCCUAUUACCAAUGAUACGAGCAGUUAUAUGAAUAGAGUGCUAUGAAGAGGAAUAAUCUAUAUACAACAGCCUUUUAAUUAAUUGUUUGGGGGUUAUUUUGUUGUGGCUUUUUUUAAAAUACUGUCAUUUUGACUGUAAGACAUUUUGGCGUUUGGAUCUUAAAUGAUUUUUAAGCCUUGACCGUAGGACUCUGACUUCAAAUACUCUGUAGUGCUAAAAUAAGUGGCUUAGUAGACCACAGUUGCAUUUUAACAGAACUUCUGUCUCUAGUGUGGCUAAGUUGUCCUAAGAUGAACACUUUUAAUGUUAUUUCCUGGAGAAAAUGAACACGUGUUGUACCAUUCUGAACAUUGUUUUGUUAAAUCCAGUGUUUAGUUUCACUUGUGAUACGUUUUUGUUAACCUGUGUACAAUAAUUAAAUUGAAAUAUGGUUGUAAAA